AUGUUUGCUAACUUGGUGGCUGCAGCACCCAGCACCCAGGACACAGGACCCAGCCCAGCACCCAGGACCCAGCACCCAGCACACAGCCACCCAGGACACAGGACCCAGUACCCAGCACCCAGGACCCAGCACCACACACAGCACCCAGGACAGGACCCAGUACCAGCACCCAGGACUCCAGCACCCAGCACACAGCACCCAGGACACAGGACCCAGUACCCAGCACACAGACCCAGCACUCCAGCACCCAGGACACAGGACCCAGUACCCAGCACUCCAGGACCCAGUGCACUCCAGCACACAGCACCCAGGACACAGGACCCAGCACCCAGCACACAGGACCCAGCACACAGGACCCAGGACCCAGCACCUGGCACACAUGGACCCAGCACACAGGACCCAGCACAGCACACAGGACCCAGCACACAGCACACAGGGACCCAGCACACAGGACCCAGCACAGCACACAGGACCCAGCACACAGGACCCAGCACACAGGGCCCACAGUGCACAGGACCCAGCACACAGGGCACACAGCACAUGGGACCCAGCACACAGACCAGCACCCAGGACCCAGCACCCAACACUUUCAUAUAA